AUGGUGGUUUGCGUCAACCCCGCUUUCGACCGCGCCACCACACGUGCCACAGCCUGGGUUACUGUAUCAUCCACAACGUUGGGAAAAGACCCAUGCGACAACUUCUACGAAUAUGCGUGUAAGAACGUCAUUGAGCGAUGGCAUCCAGGACUCGGUUCAUCCAUCUCGACCGACACGCUCCUUGUGGAAGACCUUGAGGACCGAGCUUUGAAGUUUUUGACAGACCCUACCAGACGGGAUAUGCAGCUGGUUAGAGAGAUCCUUGAGGACUGCACGACAUCUGAACCUUCUAAGAAGGACGCCGAAGUUAUGAGCAUCAUCUCAACGUACACCCCUUCUGGGACCUGGCCAAUGAGGCGUAAAAAGAUUGCCACGGAAGAUAUUUGGCUAAUGGCAGGUCGUAUCUUGAAGGAUUUUGGAAUAAAUGCUUUAGUCAAAGCCACUUUUCAUUCGAGACCGACAGGGAAAUUGUUGGUUAUUGAUUCUGCAGACGUAAUUUACGUGGAGAAGGACAACGAUCAAAUACUCCACACUGUGAAACAAGCCACCGAUGACUUUUUGACGCGUGCGCACUCCGGUGCUGAUGAGGAGUCUAUCGCGCAGAACAUCGUAGACGUGGCACUUGCUCUUGGAACUGCUGGGCCUCGCAGAGGAGAACUACGUCUACUAAAUGCCUCUAAGGUGCAUCACGGCGUGAUCUUGCUCUUGAAAACAGUGUUCUACAAAGUUCCUUCGAUUAUUAUGUUAGAAUCGAGAGACGUCCUUGUCUCCGUCACAAGGACGGUCGACCGUUACUCAUCCGCUGUCAUCGACUAUUUGGCAUUUAGGAUUCUCCUGUACUUCGCUCCUUUCUUGGGGAUUCCCGCGUUGAUCGAUCUCUUUCCGCUGACUCUCUCGACGACGCCGACAGAUCCUGAGCGACUGUGCUCCAGACUCUUGGAGCACGUGUUUCCGAUAACGUACAUGCGAGCCUUGUCUCUCGCGUUAGGGCAACUGGCUCUGAUUCAUACGUGGACGUCACAAGUGGAAAGCCACUUUCUCGCGUAUCUGCCAACGCUUGCCUGGUUGACGGGGGUAAGAGGAGGCAAAUGGGAAGCUCUCCUCGCUAAACAUCGUUUACAGAAAACGCUCAAGUUGGCACAUUUCUUUCCACUUCGCGCUUCAAGCGACAAGACUUGGAGAGCCCACGCGAAGCGGCUUCGUACUUCGCUGUUGAAAGUGCCCAGCACACUGGACCGUGUGAGAACUGCGGCGCGAAUCGUAGCCAAGGAAAGCUACAUAGGAUCUGCUCUUGCGGUUGAGGUCGAGUACUUCGCCAGGCGCAGGUUUAUGCAUGUCCCCGUUGGAAUUUGGAACAUGAGUGUACCUCCCAACAGCACACACUCUGCCUUCCACAUGGCACGCUAUGCCGUCCGCAUCUACAGAAGCCUUCUACGCGUACUGCGACCGAACGGCAACUUCGAUGACACUCCACUGUAUAGCCAUGCUUCGAACCAAAGGCUGCGCUUUCUUUACCGAUGCCUAGAAGACGAUAUUCGAGCGAUGCCGCAGCAGUUGAGAAGUGGCCUCGAUCUCCGCAUACAGGGCAACGUCCUUCUGGAACAAGCCGUCGCUGUGAUGCUGGCUCACCGAGCUUUCGAGCACCUGCUCACUACGAAGAGGAUAUGGGGAAUAGACUUCCGUCUUAAAGGCCUGGAACGUCUCUCGUCCGACCAGCUCUUCUUCGUGUAUUUCGCGUUGGACAAUUGUGAGCGCACCGACGAAACAUCGUGGAGAAGAUCAGCGCUGCCUCCGGCGCAAGUGCGCGUUAAUGCGGCCUUGAGGCAGAACAAGCUGUUCGCGCGUGCGUUCGGAUGUAAGUUUGGGAAAGCUAUGAAGGCCCACCGUCACUGCCCUCUCGUAUCAUAACCGGGACGUCCGCGGCGCUUUAUACCUUUUUGAUAGUACGGUUUAUACAGUAUAUAAUAUAAAUUUAUGUAACGAUA